AUGUCACUAAGUCCAAUUGGUAUUGAUAUCGGUUCUUAUAAAACAGUCAUCUCUGUAAGUGUUGAUGUCUUGUUAAACAGUUAUUCAAAUCGUUCCACACCAAGUUCCUUAACAUUCACUCAACAAGGGAUAAGAUUAUUUGGUGAAGAUUCUAAAAAUCAAGCUAUACAAAAUUUUAAAACUACAAUAUCACAAUUUAAACAUUUAAUUAAAUUUAAUUCAUUGGGUGAAUUGGAUUUCAUAAGUGCUCAGUUGAUAAAGCAUAAUCAUGAAUUAGGUUUCCAAUUGGAUAAUGAAUUUUAUGGACCUGUUCAAUUAUAUUCAAUGUUUUUAGGAAGUUUGAAAACACAAAUUGAAGAAAAUGGUAUCAAGAUUGGGAAAUGUAUCAUUAGUGUCCCAGGGAAUUAUACUAGUAGAGAACGUGAAUUAGUUCAUAUAGCUGGUUAUAUCGCAGGUUUGAAAGAUUUGGAUGUUAUAAGUGAAUCCGUUGCUGCUGGUAUGACAUUUGCCACUAAAAAUCAUGAAUCUGGAACUGAUGAACAGAAAAGAAUCAUUGUUGAUGUUGGUUAUUCUCAAUUAAGUAUAAGUUUAUUGAGAAUAUCAGAAAGAACCAUCAUUGUGGAGAGAAGUUUAGUUGAUAAUAACAUUGGUGGUAGAAUUAUUGAUAAAUUACUUUGUGAUAAUUUAUUACAAAAAGUUGGUUUAAAUUUUGAAAUUCAUUCAAAACCGUAUCAACGAGUUUUAAAAGAAUGUGAAAAAUUUAAAAAAAUCUUAAGUGCUAAUCAAUUUGUUUCCGUUAAUAUUGAAAACGUUACAGAGGAUAAAGAUAUUAAUACAAGUAUUAAAAGAGAAGAAUUUGAAGAAUGGAUUAAUGAAAUACUUGUUCGUGUUCAACAUGAUGUCUCUAAAUUUUUACACAAGAAGGAUCAAUUCCAAUCAGUUGAAUUGAUUGGUGGUACUUCCAGGAUUCCAUCUAUUAAAGACAUAAUUUCCAAAGGUUUUAAAACUGAAUUAGGAUUAACUUUAAAUCAAGAUGAAGCUAUAAGUUUAGGUGAUGCAUAUUUAUCAGCAGUUUUUACCAAGAAUUUACAACAAUCACAUUAUAAGAUUCAAGAUUUAAAUUUACACAAGAUUGAUUUUUUCAUUCAUAAAGAAAAAUUUGAAAAUGUAUUUCCUAAAAAUAAAAAAAUUCCUCAACAACAAACUUUGGAAUUUAAUAUUGAUAAUGAUUUUACUAUUGAAGCAAGAGAUAAACAUAUCAUACUUGGACAAUGGAGAUUAACAGGAUUUGAUAAAUCAGGUCCAACAUUUGUUCAAGUACAAUUUUUAUUAAAUUUACAAGGUGAAUUAGAAUUAAUUCAAGCAGAUCAAGUUGAACAAACAACAUCAUCAAAAUUCACAAGUGUAUUUGGUGGUAAAGAUCAAUUUCAAUCAGUUAAUCAAUUGAAAUCUCAGAUAGUUCCAUUGAUUAGUAAAUCACAUAUUCAUCAUUUUAUUAAACAAGAAGCAAAACUUCAAAAAAUUGAUCUGGCUGAUAAAUUAAAUAAAGAAACUAAAAAUCAAUUAGAAUCUACAAUAUAUAGAACAAGAAGAAAAUUAACUAAUGAUGAAUUACAAUCUCAAUAUGGUUCUAUAUUGGAUCAAUUAGAAGAUUGGUUAUAUGAAGAUGGAGAUGAAGCACCAACAGAGACAUACAAAGAGAAACUAGCAUAUCUUGAACAGUUACCAUUGUGA